AUGGUCGAAAAGAACGUUCAGACUCGAGCUGGAGUUGCUGCCAAGAGGAGUGAUACUACUCGACGUGCCGAAGUUCCAGCGGCGGCAGGGAUGGCCUCAUCGACGCCUUCAACCGUCACUGGGCCUACGACUGCAGGAGUCGAAGAGGAAUUCCUGUCAGGAGAAGAAGGUGACGAGGUCGUCUCUUUAGCAAUCGACAAGUCAUCAGCCGUUGCAGCCGGCACAGAAAUUCAAAAAGCGCCGGGCGCAUCCGAUUUGGCGUCCAUCAUAGCCAUCCCCAAUUUUACUAAAGAUCAAGUGACCACCAUCGUAUCUUCCACUAACUCCCCGCCCGUUGUCACCGUGGAUGUGGAAGCGGAGAGGGCCCAUAUCUGGGAGAAGAUUCAAGAAAGCCAGAAAGCUAGCGACUACAUUCUCACCAAACAUCUGAUGACCACCUGGACAUCAAUGGACGAGAAGAAGGUACCGAAGCCGCCGCUUUUGAGAGCCGCUUCAGCGGCGCCAGUUUUGGCGACGGUAGAUCAGCGAAUGAUAUCAUGA